AGAGCGGUAAUCAGUGUUAGUGUUCGCCUGUUAACUCCACGGUGGAUUUGGUUCUCGGAAUGUCGUCGGCGUAAAAUUCCUGCAUAAGUUUGGACUGUCGCCGGUGUUGAGAACGGUGAACAUUCACCGGAAGUCCAUCGACUCGCAUUACGCCUUUCCUCUUCUUCUCCGGGUGUGUCCGUUUGUAGCUAGCAAUGGAUGAUGAUGCUACAAAUUCAUUCCGACGCAUGUCGAGUCGCACUCGGAAGGUUGCUCCUAAGAUGGUUGCUGCCCUAGCGAGCAGCGACAAUCGUUCUCAGGCUGCCCUUGCUCGUCUCGAGGCGUUGGAAAAUGACAACGCUGGACUGGAAUUGAUCGAAAACAUUGACGACGAGGAUGCUUCUCUCGAUGAUGACGAACAAGCAUACAUACAAAAGCGGCAAUCAAAAGGCACCAAGCGCAAAACUAGACAGGCAAAAGCACUUGAAGCUAAGAAGGCUCCCAAAACUUUUAUGGAGCUUCUGCACGAGGCAAGUUUGGAGUCUUUGCCUCCACAUGUUCCAUCGUACUUGAAGGCAGCCGUCGGACCUCCAAGCUCUACCUCCCGCCGGCAUUUCUGCACGGUUUGUGGUUUUGCUGCUAGCUACACGUGCAUAAGGUGUGGAGUACGCUUUUGUUCAUGUCGUUGCCAGAAUAUACAUAAUGAUACUCGUUGCUUGAAAUUUGUUGCCUGAUAUAGGUGGGCGGAUUAAAGCCACCCGAGUUUUGUCGAUUCCGUUUAACUCACUAAUAUCUCCGUUAAUUACAAUGUAG